AUGACGAUUCUUUCUCUCAGAAACUCCAUUUUGUUAAGGGGUGUCCACACAAAUGCCUCAAAAAAUGGUGUUGCUCAAGAGACAAUACAAAAUACUAUUCACAGAGUUGGCAAAUCGAUGACAGAGCAAGAGGCUAGGCAGACUCUUGGUGUUACUGAGAAAACUCCCUGGGAAGAGAUUGUGAAGAAAUAUGACCACUUGUUUGAGAAUAAUGCCAAGAAUGGGAGUUUUUACCUCCAGUCCAUAGUUCAUCAUGCCAAGGAUUGUCUAAAGUCUGUCCAUCAAAGAAAGAGACAGGGUAUCGCUAGUUGA